AUGAAUUCAGUCGGAGAGAUGGAAUACAAGACCGGCCAGCCGUUUGCAAACUACGCUUGCCACGCCAUUACAAGUGCCAUGGAGGCAAAGCGGCUGAAGUACACCCCGAGCACUGACUUUCCUCCUCCUGAUUGUCGGGAGGGCGAGAAGUUGUCAGCAUGGUUCCGAGAUGUCUUUGGAGCGGUGCCUAUGAAGACCCCGCAGCCUCUUACAGAUCGAGAGAAGCAGCUUCUGAGGCUGUCUGCAAAGGAAUAUUGCGAAGAGCGAACAGCUGGCAGAGUCACCUGCGAGGAGUACGCCACUUUGCUGGUCAGACGGGCUUGUUACUACCGCUACAUGAAUCAGUGGACCUUCCGGAGCUACGAUUUGUUCAGCGUUGCUGUGGAGCGUGCGAAAGCUUUGGACAGGAUUGCGGAGUCGAAGGGUGUUGAUGCCAUCGGCCCUUUGUAUGGUCUGCCGAUCCCAAUGAAGGGUACUGCAGCUGUUGUCGACUUUCCAUCCGGCGGUGGGGUUGGCAUAUUGAGCAGCUACACCCCGGUCAAGAAUAGCGCCCUGACAGAUAUGAUUUACAACCGCAAUGGCGUCAUCUUCGGUACCAGCAACGUGCCGGAAUUUGCGUGCUCCACGAACACAGCGAACCGUGCGAGUGGCCAAUGCCGCAAUCCCUACAAUCAUGCUUUCUCUCCUGGCGGUAGCUCGGGUGGAGCCGGGUCAGCAGUAAGCAUGCACAUGUGUCCUGUUGCUGUGAGCGAGGACACUGGUGGCUCCACGAGGGUCCCAGCCUUGUUCAACGGCCUCUUCGGCUUCGACCCAGCUCGCAACCAUUACCCCAACGAGGGGAAUUGCGGUAUGACAUUCACGAAUGAUCAAAUUGGAGUGCUGGGACGCAGCAUGGCAGAUCUCCUUUUCUACGAUCGGGCACUGAUGCAAGACCGCCACAAUGCUGCGGAGCUCCAUGCCAGCGCCGCAAAGGAGGCCGCAGGGCGGGACUUGCACAGCAUCCGGGUUGCCUGCCCUCAGUGGCCCUUCGUGAAGGGCAAGAGCCGGCAGCUAGACGGAACAAUGCGCAAGGCCUACGAUGCGGUGAGGGCAGCUCUGAAACCGCUGACUGUCAAGGACAUAGGAUGGCCCCUGGCAGAUUCUGAGCAAGUGCUGUCGCUGACUGCCGACAAGGAUGCUCCUCAAUCGCUGUUUUACACCUUUCCUGGCCAAAUCGCCCAGUUCGUCUACGAGUACCUGGAUGCGCCAGUCAGCCUCAAAGAGAUUUGCGCAGACACGAUCCCCUUUGGUGCACACCAACCCACCAAAUUUUACAAAGACAUGCCCUGCAAAAGCGAGACGGAUUAUCGCUAUGCAAUCGGGCCAUUCGUUAAGGACGAGGUCAAGAGAUACAAUUCUCUUUUCGAUGCCGAGGACUUGGAUUUCAUCUUGGUUCCUGCAGCCUACAAUGCAACCCCCGAUUUAGCGCAGGCCUUGGCUGGUACCAUGCCAGCCAUAGAUGAAGAAGGUCAGCCGGCGCUAUCAGACAUGUGGCAGAGCGUCUAUCCUAUAAACGAAAUACUGAAGCAUAUCCACAUUCCAAAGCUCGCUGUGCCCACCGGCCUAAGUUCGGAUGGCCGACCUACUGGGAUUCAACUCUGGGGGAGGGCUGUUGCUUACGAGGACAUGUUCCAGGACAAGGCUUCCUCCAGGCACAACAUCACCUUCCUCCAUCUGGCAGCUCGUGUGGUCGAGCUCAUCCAUGCCGACGCCGACCUGCGCAGGGUCACGCCGACGAUGGCCCGGGACUGCUUCACUUGA